GCGCGGCCUGCUAGUGGGAGAGGGAGCGGGACGCGGGGCGUUUGCCUGAGGUGUGACGCCGAGGAGAGGCAUGAAGCCGGGCUUAGCCGUUGCCGCUUGCCUCGACCCGUGAGGAGGCUUGGGAGUACCGCUGCUGCUGCCGCCUCUACCACCUCCCUUCUCAGCCCGCCGCCCACCCGCCGCCCAGCUCGACCGCCGCCUGGGCCGCCAUUUUGUAUCUCCCGCCCCCCCUCCCUUUACCGGCCCGGGCUGCGUGGUGCGCCUUGCGCUGAGGGGGUGCUCGGAGACACGGGCGGCGGCGGCGGGGAGGCCUUCUGAGGCGGAGCCUGGCGAGGGAGGGGCGCACGGCGCGGGGGGGCCCCCAUGGCGAAGAAAACCUACGACCUGCUCUUCAAGCUGCUGCUGAUCGGCGACUCGGGUGUCGGCAAGACCUGCGUGCUCUUCCGCUUCUCCGAUGAUGCCUUCAACACCACCUUCAUCUCCACGAUCGGGAUAGAUUUCAAGAUCAAAACAGUUGAAUUGCAAGGAAAGAAGAUCAAGCUACAGAUAUGGGACACGGCAGGGCAGGAGCGGUUUCACACCAUCACCACCUCCUACUACAGGGGUGCCAUGGGAAUCAUGCUAGUGUAUGACAUCACCAAUGCCAAAAGCUUUGAAAACAUCAGCAAAUGGCUCAGAAACAUAGAUGAGCAUGCCAAUGAAGAUGUGGAGAGGAUGCUGCUAGGAAACAAGUGUGAUAUGGAAGACAAGAGAGUGGUACCAAAAGCAAAAGGCGAGCAGAUUGCAAGGGAGCACGGUAUUAGGUUUUUCGAAACUAGUGCAAAAGCAAAUAUAAACAUUGAGAAGGCAUUCCUCACGUUAGCAGAAGACAUUCUUCGAAAGACACCUGUAAAAGAGCCCAACAGUGAAAAUGUAGAUAUCAGCAGUGGAGGAGGAGUGACAGGCUGGAAGAGCAAGUGCUGCUGAAUGUGUUCCCCUCACCAGGCGCCAUCCACCACCCCCUCCUCUUCUUGCUGCGGAAUAAACCACUUUGCCCAUUUUAACCUUAAAUAUUUUUUGUUCCUCAUCUUAACAUGGCUCCCUUAUUCUUCUGUUUUAGGAGAGCUCGCUGACUAUAACGUUCUUGAAACAAAACUGUAUUAAAAAGAAAAUCAUGUCUGAAUUGCUCUUUUCUUUUUUUAUGUACCAGCUCCAACUCAGCAUCACGUUCUGGUUGUAUUAUAGUAUGGUCUUAACAUUUAAACCUAGAGCAAUCAUUUCAGCUCCAGCCUGCAAAUUGUAUGAGAAUAAAACUUUAGCAUUAACAGUUUCUUUUGUACAACGGUGGGAUUUUUGUUACAAAUAAUGUGCUUAAGUCACCAUAUUUGCAUCAGUAAAAAAAAAUCAUUCGCCUUGAGUAUGUAAAUGGGGUUUACUUUGUCCUGUGCCUUAUGUGGAAAGGAACUUUGAUUCUCCCCUCUCCUUUCUUUAUUCUGGUUGAAGCACGAGCAAGAGAUUUACUAUCCACAACUGAUCAUGCCACAUUUCAAAAAAAUAUUAAACUCUCUUCCCAUAACUUUACUGUGGCUGAUGUAGUGAAUUGAGGACAAAGAGGUUAGAGCAAGAUAUUCCAGUUUGCUAAGAGGCUUAAUCUCUGACCAGUAUCUGCUGCCAUUUUCUUUCUCACUAGCAGUUUUUCUUUUUCUUUUUUGUUGCCUGCAUGCAAGUUUUGUGUUUUUUUAAUGGUGUGAUGUUACGAGACAGUACAGUAUGUACGCCCAGUUAAAUACAAAGCACUGAUCUAGCUUUCUGAGGUAAAAUAGUAAGUUAUCUAAUCUUUGUCUAGCAACCAUCAGACCAACUACUACUCUCUCCCUCCCUUCCCUCCCACAUAGUCAUUGGGUUCUAUGGUAAUGGAAGCAUUAAUUGCAUGCACUAGUUUUCUAUGGAGAAUGAUGUGGCUGUCUUUCUUUGUGUAUGCCAUGUGGUUCCCAAAUCAACAACCAUUAAUAAAUAUGUAUUUGGUUCUCUUGUUUGCUGUUCCAGGCAGAUGACUUGGUAGCCUAGGAUAUAUUUAAAAUUUGGGUGGGGGGAGGGGUAAGAUGAUCACCGUCCCCUUCUGUGUUAAGUUCUUUAUAAUAAAAAAAAAUCCCUUGUCUACAACUAUGGGCAAUUGUUAAUUCUUUCAAUGGAUGCUAAAGAAUGGUAAGCAAAAACAGCAUUUUUUUGGUGCAAACAGAAAGGUUUUCUCUCAUAGGGGAGAGCGUGGGUAUGUGACUUACUUUUCCAGCUUGUGUGUUUUGCCUCUCAUCAAUGAGACACCUGUUUCGAAACAAGGGACUGGUGUCAUUCACUUCUUGCAGAGCUGGGGUUCAGAGGACAAGGGACCUUUCUCUUGAGGCUCAAGCUGAAAUCAGGUGCUUUGCUGGGACAGCGUUCUUUCCUGCUGCUUGGCCCAUCUACACAUGCUGCACGAUGAUUCGUGCAAGUUUUUGUACCCGCUCCUCCAAGAACACAUGCUCCAGAAGUGAGCUUGCGGGGGACCUUUUUGCACUUGUUUUUAGGAAACUUACUCUGCUAAUUACAGCAGCCAGUGAUGCUGAAUGAAUUUUAAUAAAAAGAAAGUGUUUGGAACUUUAGCCUUGAUCUGAUAUCAUCUAGUGUAGUGCUGAUCCCUUCCUUGUGCUUGGCAAUCUGUCUUUCUGUGCUUAUUUAACCUUUCCCAGCUGAUUGGCUGUUAAAACAGGGCUAAAACCUUGGGACUUGAGGUGACAAAUAAGGAAAGUUUUGUUCCUCACAUGUUGAUGUACUGAUUAGCAUUGUAAAUAUAAAUUGCUACCUUUUCAGAUCUGCACUUUCUAACAUCAAAAAAAAGGGAAUAUGGAGUAUACAUCAAUUUUUUUUGUAUAAUCUUUGUUUAAAACAUGCGAUUUGCUUCCUGGGGCUUGGCCCUCUUGUAUCUCUUUGAGACCCUUUGUAAAGCUGUGUUCAUUAAGCACCAAGCAGUUAAACAAACAAACAAAAACAGUCCACUCUCUGGCACUACUAGCUAAAAAUUCAUAUUCUACUUAACAAAAGUUAAAUAAACUGAAAUAUUUCUA